GCCCCGGAGCGGAGCCGAGUGAAGCGCGUCGGCGGCGACGCUGCGGACACGGCGUGAGUGCGUGUGCGUCGUGAUCGCCGGGCGGCGCUGGCACGGAAUGCCACGGCGCGUCCCAGUCAUCCGAGCCUAUUAUUGUUUGGCGCCGCGAGCGCUGUGUUUACCUAGGCGGCAAAUAUUUUGCCAAUCUUUCUAAAAUAGAGCCGGAAAGGUCGGUCGGCUUACCUGCAGCGCGCGAGCGGCAGUUUUUGCACGUGCGACCGAAUUUGUAAACACUUGGACCGGCAGUUGGGGAUCUGGAGACCGCGACCGAGCGACACCUGGACCGGCAGUUGAGGAUCUAGAGACCGCGACCGCGCGCGAUCGGACCAGUGCGGGGUCGCGCGAUGGCCCCAUAAGUGACGCAAGCCCGGGGUGCUCGACUGGUGGACCAGCGCAACUUGUAAGCGAUUAAUAGUGCCGGACUAAAGCGAAUAGUGCGUGUGCAGAGUUUGACGGUGGAGUUGGGGCCUGAGGGAAGGAUCAGCUGGCUUGGAGAGGCCCAGGUCUGACGCGACUCCCCGAGUCACCAGCGUGCUUCGACCGAGCGGGCGCCUGGCCCGUGACCCGGUCGACAGUGGGCCGACAGCAGUGUCGGCGACAUGGCGGCGUCGGGCGGCGCCGAGCCGCGCCGCGUGCCCUCGCCUCCGGCGGGACUGCCGGUGGUGUACGAGCGUGACCCGACGCUGCACGACUGCACAGUGCUGCUGCAGAACUACGUGCAGGCGCAGCAGCAGCAGAUCGCCAUCCUAGAGCAGAGUCUGGCCGACAUGGCCCGGAACUUUGGCACCCGCGAGCAGGCGCUGCUUGGGCAGAUCAGCACGCUCACCCAGCAACUCAACAGGGUGCUGGCCGACAAGGUGACCCCCUCGCCAAGCCACUUUGAGGCUCGUGACCUUUUGACACCAAAGGUGAACGGCCAGGACGUCUCGAAGGCGAGCCACGAGGAGGCGGUGCGCGCCUUCCAGGCGGCGCAGGAGCCGAUCGUGGUGGAGGUGCGCCGGCGUCCGGCCGUCGGCGGCCUCCGGAGCGACGCCAACCGCAACCCCAAGCCGGCGCCGACCGCCGCCGAACAGUCGGUGACGGUGUCGACGCAGACGGAAUCCUGGCCGUGCUGUCCCGAGUUUCCGCCGGCGCCGCCGUUCGACGAGCUCGACCACAUCGACGAGAGCUUCGAGGACGCCGCCGAGCCCGAUGUCGACUUCGAGGAGGUGACCUUGCAGAGGUCAUCGACCUCGGAGCGGCUCGGCCUGACCCUGUACUACCCGGACGGCGAGGAGACGCCCAACGAGACGGACGUACUGGUGCGCAGUGUUGAGGCCGGCGGCAUCGCCGCCAGCGACGGCCGCAUCCAGCCGGGAGACCAGAUCAUCCAGAUCAACGGCGAGGAGGUCACCGGCAAGGAACAGGCGGAGCGGCUGCUGGCGGCGCGGCCAGAUGUUCUGCUGCUACUCUGUCGGCCGGCGCAGCAGACAAACGAGGAAGUCACGCCACUGGAGCAGAGCGAAGCACACGCUGACCUCGGGUCGCCUCAGGUCAACUUUCGGCAGGACUUGGACAACAGGGUGGCGGACAGACUCUCGCCGGCCGGCGGCGCCCGUCGGCAGCGUGACUCGCUGGAGAAGCGCGACACCAUGAAGAGCGGCAGCAGCAGCGGCGGCAGCAGCGGCGACAGCGGCGUCCGGCCGGCGCCCGCCGCCGCGCCCGGCCGCGCCGCCGGCGAGCUCACCAUCGACCGCGAGCUCUACCUGGUCAACAAGCAAAUGACGUGCAUCCAACAGGAGUGCGAGUCACUGGCGCGCCGACAGGGCGAGCGGCGUCGCGGCGUUGAGGACCACAUCUACGAGACGAUCGCCGAGGGCACCGAGCCCGACGAGCCGGUGUACUGCCAGCCCUACGCGCCGGCCGACGCGCCGCCGCCGCCACCGCCGCCGGGCGGUGCCGCUCGCUCGCGGCGGGACGUCGAGCGAUGGGUGCGCGCGACGGCGGCCGAGCCGGCGGCAGAGCCUGAGGAGGGCUGGCACCGCACCAGCUCGACCAAUGACAGCCAGAGCAGCGCCGAGUCAAGGCCGGCGCGCCGCGAGCGCGCCGCCAAGGACGCCGAGGAGAAGGAUAGCUCGAGCGCGUACAACACAGGCGACUCGAGUCGCAGCACGCCGCUGACUCUGGAGCUGGGCUUAGUGGCGGACGAGGCGGGUCGAGAGGCUCGCCAGUCGACGCUGAUGCUGGCGGCACCUACGCGCGACCUCUCGCUUCAGGUCAGCCUCGACUCCGACACGUACAGCGAGGUCUCCUGCAAGAACUGUCGCAAGUGCAUGCGCCUGCCGCCGCUGCAGCAGACGCCGACCAAGAACAAGAACGUCGUCAACAGCUUCAACGCCGUGGAGAAGAACCGCAACUAUGUCACGUUCAUGCCCUAUCAGACGCACUACACGAACGCGGCGAAUCUGGAGGAGACGAUGCAGCAGCAGCAGCGGCAGCUGUACCAGCAGAUCAUGCGUCGCUCCCAGCCACGCGCGCUGCCGGGCAGUCCUGGCCAUCCGAACGCCCGAGCUGCGCCGGCCUUCGGCGCCACGCUCGGCCACUACCGCUACGUCAGCUCACCUGGCGGCGCGCCGCGCAACCACAGUCUCACGCUGCCGGCCGACAGGGGCCCGGACGAGCCGCAGUUCCAGUACAAGGUGAAGGUGCGCUCGGACGGCUCGCGCUACAUCGCGCGCCGCCCGGUCAGGAAGCAGCAGCUGCGCGAGCGGGCGGCGCGCAUCGCUGAGGAGAGGACCGGCAUCACUACCGACGAUGACGCCGUCUCUGAACUCAAGCUGGGGCGCUACUGGCCGCGGGACGAGAAGAAACGCCAGCUGGAGAGGGCGCGAGAGCGCAAGCAGAAGCAGCAGCAGCGCACCAAGAUGGCCGCCGUGCCGGAGGAAGGUGCUACGGAGGAGCCCAGCGUCGUUAAGCGGCAGGCCAACAUGCAUCCGUUUGUGGAGACCAGCUUACAAAGAAGAUCCACUUCUUCUUCCAUGCGAAACAAAAGCCAUGGCCAGGAAGAGUUUCUGAAGCAUGCGAAGCCCCCUAAAACUGCCGAUGCUCUUCUGUCAGUUACUACUGUUUAGUCGGCGUAUGGAAACCAAAGGUGCAGCUGUUCUGCGCGCGGAAGACCGUCGCUUGACUUCCUACCGUCUCCAUACGCUGCUCUUCCUCUCGGUGUGAUACGCGCUGAACGCGGAGUGGCGGCUGCCCGCGCGGCCUGGACCGCCGGUCGCCGCGCUCCCCGGGCUAGUCAUUCGGUGUGCCGGCUGCGCGCGAGGCCCGUGUGGUCGUGGCUUGUCGGUGUCGCUGGCCGCGCAGACGACGGUCGUCUCUGUCCGCGUCAAGUGUAGUGUGAUGCGGAAGAGGAGCGAUCCGGUCGAAGACUGAAAGUGGACGUCCGAGACGGAGACGGUGGUCGGCUGCCGUCGCCGUCAGGUGGCAGCACAGACGCUGAUCAGGGUAUCCUGUAGGUGGCAGGACUGACCGUAACGGGCAGGGUAUAGGUGGCAGCAGUGAUGCCCAGUCCUGGGAGGGUUAUUGUUUUUAUUUUGAUUGCUUCCCUGCGCCUGGGCGACGGCAAAGACCAGAACAUGUGCUGACGCGUUUGAGCUGAUUUUUCUUCGUUGUUUGACUUCGGCCAGCGUUUAUCUGCUCCGUGUUUGCUGCCCUGUCGGCAUUGGGCUGCCGGGACGGAUAAUGGUUGCUCAUCAUAGCACACACUCCUCGCAGCCUCGAUGUCGGUUACGGUGCUGGUGCAGUGCUCCGUGACAUACGAGCUCAGUGUAAUAUGGCUGGAGAAUUCCCGCUCUCCUGGGUCAAGUCCUGCUAAAUUUCAGCCCUGAGCCGCCAAAUGGCAGCCCCGAACACUAUGGCGCAUCGUGCUGCUAAUGUCUUUGCCAGUUUUCGUAUUUUUUGUGAUCUUUGUAUCUUGCUAUUCGCUUUGUGCAAUGGGAUUAAGUGUUGCGCUAAAUAUAAAAGCGAGGAAUGAG